AUGGAAUAAGCAUCUGAAAGGCUAAAUUUGAGUACAAACACUGCCUUUUUAGCAAUCACAUACAUUGAUCACUUUUUCAAUAAAGUCAAUGUGAAUGAAAAAUAGGUUUUCUUAUAUGCUGCAGCUGCUCUAAUGUUGGCAGCAAAGGCAUAGGAACUUGAUGAGAGGAUACCUUUCAUUAGCAAACUUAAACGCUACACUUCAAUGACAUCUCAUCCUGAACUGAAUACCUUCACCACCUAGGAAUUUUGUAAUGCUGAAAAAGCAUUAAUCGAAUCUUUAAACUGGAAAUUAUAGAGGAUCACUCUUCUUGAUAGAAUAGAGUCUCUACUUUCCUUUGGAGUCAUUGAUGAGGAUGACAGUCUCUCACAGCCACCAUAAUAGAAGGAAAACAAAGAGCAAUAAUUAAAUCAUAUUAAAUUGAGAGAUCUAAGUGAACAAUAAAUCAAUAACUAUGUAAAUGAGGUUGAGAACAAAUAUAUAGAAACUGCUUAUUCUGUGAUUAGAGAUGAUCAAAUUUAUUUCUCAAACGAUCAAACUAUAUUAGCCUUGUCUUGUGUAGCUUUUCUAAGAAAAAAGGCUGGAUUGCUAAAUAUCUGGUCUUAACAACUCUAAGCUUUGACUGGAGAAUCAGCUUAGAAAAUCUCAGCCACUGUAUCUUAGAUUAUGACACUUACUCCUAAGAGUGUAAGCAAGCCGCAAAUUAAUACUUCCUCUAGUUCAUAUUUGAGUAGUUAUUAGAAUUCUGCAUCUUAAAACAAAAAUUCUUAUAUGAAAAACAGACAAUACUUAUUUGAAUCAAAUAAAUCAUCAGCAGGAGAUAUCUUAUUACAAUAUAAUACAACAGCCAAAGCUCAUCUAAGAGUUCCCUUAUUUCAAUCUUAAUCAACGAUGCAAUUAUCAUCAAAAGGGGAUAUCAUGAAACCUCAUCAUUCCAAUUAAACCAAAUAUUCUAGUCGAAAUAGUAAUUUUCAUAGUACAAACAAUUAUUCCUAUUUAUCUGAUAAUAUAGUUCAUCCAAAUUCAUAUAUAAAAAAUACUGAAUUGGAUAAAAAAUAUGAGCAAAUUCAUAAAGUAGAGAGUAAAUUUAGAACUAAAAUAUUCAGUUGA